AGACUUUUCUAUUUGCGAUUCGCUUCAAUCGUGGUUUCCAAUUUCGCGCGUAAAAUAUCGAAAUAAUUAAAUAUAAGAUAAAAAAUCUCUAAAAUGUGUGAUGAAAAUAGUUCAAUCCAUAUUAAUUCACUCGACUCUCUUAAAUCAUUUAUUGAGAGUAAGGACAACUCAAAGUCAAAUGUUUACAUUUCACCGAUACCGGAAAUAUGCAAAACAGAAAAAUGCAUUUUAGAUGGUUGACAUAAUAUCGCCAAAUGAUAUCAGCACAAGCAUGUUUAGAAGAUCGAAAAGAAGUUUAAAUGAAGUGUCAAUGGAAUCGGCAAUUGAUUUGAUUAAAAAAGCUCUUGAACUUGAAGUGAAUGUCGCUGAAAUUUAUGUAGACACAGUCGGCCCACCAGAUAAAUAUCAAGAGAAACUUAAAGCUAUUUUCCCCAAAAUCAAAAUCACUGUGGCCAAAAAAGCUGAUUCGACUUAUCCAAUCGUUUCCCUUGCUUCAAUUUGUGCCAAAGUCUCACGAGAUCAUGCAUUGAAAGUUUGGAAAUUUCGUGAAGGAAUUGAAGUGCCUGAAGAUGGUUUUGGUUCAGGAUAUCCUGGUGAUCCAGUAACAAAGAGAUUUCUUCAAGAAUAUGAACCCGUCUUUGGUUUUCCACGAAUUGUCAGAUUCAGUUGGAGUACAGCAGUGAAUGCUUUGGAAGGAUCAGCUUUUGCUGUUGAGUUUGAAGAAGAAGAUCAACCGGGAAAAGAAAAAGUUGUGCUAGGCUCCAAAAAGAUGACUUCUUUCUUCAAAGCAGAAGUUCCAGUGAAGAAGUUCAAACGUCAUCAGUUUUGGAAGGAUCGGUGCAUUGAAGAUGUCACAGAUUUUUAA